AUGCAGCGGCCGGGGCCUCUCUGGUGCUGGCUCACGGCUCUCACCCUCGGCCUGACCACCGCCUACACCGACACGGAGGAGUUCCUAAGUGAUUUGGAUAAGCCAGAGGAGCGUAGCAACGUUUUUGAGGAAGGUUGUAACGCUGACCUAAAUAUUUUGGUCGGGACCCCGGAACCCUGUUUAGGAAUGCAGCGAAAAUUACACCCGGCCCCUUUGUAA